CUAGAUUUGCGCCUUGACAGCAUCACUCCUCUUUACUGCUGCCGCAGAAGACAUCAUUUCUGGUUGUGCACAGUAUGGUUUGAUGCUCACAAGGCACUCUACCAGUUUGCACAAUCUUUUUCAGCCUCAGAAUUCUUGCUUGCAGCCCUUGCGACUGGCCAGUGAUUCAGCAAUCAUCUCCUCACCUUACCCUGUUAACUCUUUUCCAUGGCGGAUAUCCAUGUCCAAAGAUAUGUCGUCUGUUUUUCUGGGUUUCUGUGUGGUGGCUUGUCCUAUUGACCCUGUUUCUGUUGUAUGAUCAUUUGUUGCUUCUGUGAGCGGUUCUGCCAGAGCGAUACUGGUCUUUCAUAUCUACUGGGGUUCAUUAUCCUUUUUUAAGCCUUGCCAUGGCUUCAAACACAGCUCAAGUUACUAGCCAAUUAUCAUUUGCAAAGGUUGCAAUGAUGAGCCCGCCCCUUGACCAACGCAUUUUGGCCUCUCAUCCGAAUACCAAGUCUGCCAAAGCCAUUUCCACCAUGCCAAUGGGGACCGCCCCCGUGGCUGAUCCUUCCGAUCAGCAACCUUUACCAUCUGGUGAUAUCCCCAGUCCGCAAAUGGACGAUCUGUCGAGAGGAGUAGAACUCCUCCAUCUGUCGAGCGAAAAAGAAGUGUCAGGUGGUUUAGAGGCUUCUGGAGAAGAUGGUCAAUCAAAGAAUGAAGGAACAUCUGAUGAUGACCAAACCCACUUAUCCAGCUCUUCUACGAAACCAACGAGUUUUGACUCCAAGAGCAUGGCUUCCGUAACAACUUUCGCCAUGGAUGAGAAGGAAUCCUUACGGCCCGACGAUAGUGCGAGCGUUCAAGCGAUAGAAGAGGAUGAUUUCUCUGGGUCUGCUUCCGGCGCACCUAAUUCUCAAGUUGGCUCAGAGAGUAGUGCUCGUCUAAACCGUGUUAAUCAGUUAGCCAUGGCCCAGCGAUUAUCCGGCAUGGCACCGACCAAUAUUUCACGACUUAACGAAGGAUUAAAAACCUUUCAUGGGGAUGCAGCCGCAAAUCCUCCGAAUGAGCGAAGCCUUCAUGGUUUCCCCAACGAACCGGACGAGAAAUUGCUUGAGGCAAUGCGCUCACCGAAAGAUAGAUUACUUAUACUACAGCUUGAAGAGAAAAUUAUCGCCUUCAUCAAGAACCCUAGCGAGCAAUCAUUAGAGCUCCCUCCUUGUAACGCUUUCGGUCGCUUGCUAGCCCAUAAAUUGGGUGAUUAUUACCACCUAACUCAUUUUGUGGAUAACAAUGUGACGUCGGUUCGUCUUCACCGGACGCCGUGGUGCAGGCUUCCUACCCCCUUAUCGGCACUCUAUGCUGCCGAUGCUAUGAAAACUCCACCUCCAGCUGUUCCAGCGAUGAAAAUCAUGCGCCGCGUUGGUCAACCUGGAACGUCAAUAUCCGCGGGAGGUAGCACUGCGCCUAGCUCAUCAGCCCCAUCGAAAGCUACUUCGGAAGCAGGGGCAGAAGGUUCUGGCGAAGAUGGAACGGAAUCGUCCAUAGCCGCUACUCCAGCAAAAGAGCGCCAAACAUUGACACGAGAGGAACGCGAAGCAAAGUAUCAAGAGGCUCGCGAACGAAUAUUCAGGGAUUUUCCGGAAUCCAAACCAUCAGACAGCCCCAAUAGUGGCGAGCAUAGCUCAAAUGUCUCCAGGUCUAACUCCAGAGUCGGUCGCAAGAAGCAUAGACAAAGAACACCUCACGAUGAUGGCUUUGAGGCGAGAUCGCAGUUUAGUACCUACUAUGGUGGUGUUCAGUAUUCAUCCACGCAGAUACCUUUUGGGGGAAUUGUGCACGAUGCUUCCUUUGUCCCGCAAAGCAGCUACAUGUUGGGACAGCCGCCGGGCGCGGGGUUGAAUUUCGCCCAGGGUAAUCAGACCACAUCCAUAUAUCCGCCUCAUGCCAGUCCUGGCGUUUUUCCACAGUAUCCCGUUGGUAUGGCAACGCAAGGCAAUUGGCAAAAUGGACAUAUGCCAGCAGCCCAGUAUGCAAAUUUCCAACAGGGCAAUCAGCUCCCGAUGAUGUCACAGCAGUCGUCUACGAGAUCAUCCCCGGCAAUGAGCUCUUAUGCCCUGCCAACUGGCAUCCAGUAUCCGCAGUCUCCUCCUUCGUGGAACCAAUCUACAUACCAACCUGGCUAUUCGUCACCAACAGGGCAAAGGAAUUCCCCAGCUGUACACUGGCCCAACGUUCCACCUAAUUCAAUCAAUCAAACCCCAAUGACUUAUCCGUAUGGUCAGUCUCCAAAUCAAGCAUAUUCACAGAUACCCGCGAACAGUGGCACUCCGAACCCCUUGCCAGGGAGUUUCAUACGAUCAACGUUUAAUCCCCAAAGCAGAUCAUUUGCGCCCGGUGCUGGAAUCCCUCGACACAAAUACUCAGACAAUGUUACACCCUCCCAAGCUUCCAGUACCUACCCAACCAUCAACCAACAAUGGAUAGCGCCUCAGGAGAAUAUGAACCGAUUCCCACCAAAAAGUUCGGGACCUCAGCCUAAUGCUAAAUCUCCACUACCUCAAUCAUCGGGCCAAGGUAGACCGGCCGAUAACCAAAAUUCGAUUGCAAAAUGGGGUACGCCUUCGCAUCUUCCACCAAAGCCCCCACCUUCUGAGGUGCCUUAUGAUUUUGAUCGAAUGCCUCGGACAUCAACCGUUCCUUCGCAAGCCUAUACAAAUAAUACAUCGACACUUUCAAAGCCAGCCGCAUCAAAGUCCGGUCCUUUGGUGGUAGGUGGGGCUGCGCCUCAGAAUUCUCGGUCUCAUGGAGCUUAGGCUACAGUGUUGUAGCAGUUUCCUUGCAUGCUUCGGUAUGUCAACAUCCCGGUUAUCUAAUCUAGGACAUCCGUUUAUCUAACAACCACACUAGGCGCAUCAGGGCAUCUUCUGGUUAUGGGUAACGUUACACAUGUCAACACAUAAUGUUCACAGGUCGGCGUCUCAUGGUUCCUGGUUUAUGAUUUCCUCCUUGAGAAAGGAUUGCUUUUGCAAACCAUGGAGUUCUCAAAUGAAAUUGUGGGGUAAA